UUGCUCUCUGAUUAUGGAUAAUGUUUCUGUUGUAAGAACCUUCACUCUCACAGGGAUAAAUGAGACGAUGGACUACAGAGUUGCAAUAUUCUCCCUCACUUUGGUGUAUUACUGUGUGAUUUUAUUCCUAAAUAUCUCCCUCAUUGUCAUUAUUGUCGUAGAUGAAAACUUGCAUGAGCCCAUGUAUGUCUUACUGUGCUGCGUUUGCAUUAACGCGAUUUACGGCACCACCGGUUUCUACCCUAAGUUCCUGUUAGACCUGCUGUCAUUUGCUCAGAUUUCCUACGAGUGGUGCCUCUUCCAGGCCUUCGUCAUGUACUCGUUCGCCUGCGGUGAGCUAUCCAUACUGGCCGUCAUGGCGUAUGACAGGUACCUGGCCAUCUGCCGGCCGCUGCACUACCACUCAUUGAUGACGAAGAGGAGGCUCUCCCAGCUGGUGAGUUUCUCCUGGCUGACGCCGUUCUGCAUCUACUCCGUCAGUAUUCUGCUCACUUCCAGGCUGAAGCUGUGCAGGCUGGAGAUUAAGAGGCUGUUCUGCAUGAACUCGAUCAUCGUUCAGCUCGCCUGCCCAGACAGCGACACACUCGCCAAUAACGUUGUUUCAUACGUGACGCUUUUCAUCUAUGUGUCUCAUGGCUUUUUCAUCGUUUGGACUUACAUGCGCCUCAUCAGAGUGUGUGCAACCUCCAAGGAUGACAGGGUGAAGUUCAUGCAGACAUGCGUGCCUCAUCUGGUCUCUUUGAUCACUUUCCUGACGGUGAUCGUGUUCGAUCUGAUGUACAUGCGCUUCGGCUCGGCGGAUAUGYCCCAAAGCCUGCAGAACUUCAUCGCCAUAGAGUUCCUCCUCUUCCCCCCGAUGAUGAACCCGCUGAUAUACGGAUUUAAGUUGACCAAAAUACGAAACAGAAUCCUGAGUUUGGUUUAUCUUAGAGGCCAAUGAGAACAUAUUGAUUUAUUGAUGGAAUUGUGA